AUGAUUCCCCCCCGGAAACGACGAACGCCGCCGCAGAGAGUAACCACAGCAAAAAACGCACGAAAUACCCACCAAAAAACCCACACGAACGGUCGACCCCCGUUUGCUUUCCCCGUCGCCGUUCCCUGGCCCCACGCCGGGAAAAAUCACGCCACCCGAUCCUGCCGCGGUCCCUUCCCAAAAGGGCGGUUGAUCCGGGAUUUGCGUUGUUCUCCUUUGGGUUUCCUUGGCGGCGGAAGGCCGAGCCCAACGCAAACGGCGCGAGGAACCCCAUACGGGCGCCGCGGGCCUUUCUCGAAACAUUUUUUUUUUUCCAUUGGUUCCCGAUUCGGUUCCCUUUUCGGGUUUGCGGCUGUGGAAAUGGUGAGGUUCACGGAACCCACCCGUCCUCUUGGGAUUGCUUUGGGAAAGCUCUUUUGUUGGGUCCCUUUUUGCGGCUCACCCGAUCCCGAAGAAACCCCUAACGGCCGCCACCACCGCCUUGCGCUAAGAAACGUGCCCAGGACGCCGCCUAAAACCCAAGGUUCCCGGCAGGUGUGCCCCGGGGGAAUGGAAAGGUAG